AUGGUGGCCACGCGCGCCAGCCGCGCCAAGUUCAUCAGCUCGGCGCUCAGCUUCGUCACCGACUACGGCUUCGACGGGCUGGACCUGCAGUGGGCGUUCCCUGUGUGCUGGCAGGGCGACUGCACGGCCGGCGCCGCCGCCGACAAGGCGAACUUCGCCAUGCUGCUGAAGGAGCUGCGCGAGGUCUUCGACGCCAAGGACAACGACCUGCUCCUGACAGCCGCGGUGGCCGCCCACGACAACAUCGUCCAGAAGGCUUACGACGUCGGCAGCAUGAACAAGUACCUGGACUUCGUCAAUCUGAUGACGUUCGACUUCCACGGCGGCUGGGAGCCCAUCACUGGCCUGGUGGCGCCGCUCUACGGCUCGGACGCGUCCGACACCAAGAGCGUGGACGCGGCCGUCAAGCUGUACGCCCGCAUGGGCCUGGACAAGGCCAAGAUGGUGGUGGGCAUCCCGUUCUACGGCCAGUCGUACAAGCUGUCCACGGGCGGGCACAGCGUGGCGGCGCCGGCGGCCGGGCCCGGCCUGGCCGGCGAGAAGACGCAGCAGCGGGGUAUGCUCGCUUACCACGAGAUCUGCUUCAGGCUGCGGACUGGCUGGAUGUCGAAGAGGACGGCGAACGGAGAUCCCUACAUGUACCUCAAGGACCAGUGGGUCAGCUACGAGGACGUCCAGUCCAUCAAGAAGAAGGCUGACUACAUCGCGUCCAAUGGUCUCGGUGGAGCCAUGGUCUGGACCCUGGACUUGGACGACUUCGAGAACAAGUGCUGCAGCGAGCCGCAGCCGCUGCUGCGCGCCGUGUCGCGCGCGCUGCGCGGCGUGCCGUCGGGCCCGGUGCAGGCCAGCUGCAAGCAGCCGCCGCCGGCGGUCACGCCCGCGCCGCCUCCGAUGACGACUACCUAUGACUCCGGCGCUGUUCAGUCCCCGACGACUACGAAACGACCCCGGCCAGCCUUUUCCGAGACUACCACCACCACCACCACCACCACUACCACGACAACUGAGAAGACGACUACCACCGCUCCCACUACCACUACCACCUCCACCACUACCCCAGCAACAACGAGCGCCGCCUCCACCGAAGCUCCGCACAUGACAAGCCCGGCGCCUGGCGGUCUCAAGUUCAACGCUAUCGGAUUCGCGGCCGACCCGGAGAGCUGUUCCUCCUACUAUCGCAAGACGCCCGAGGGCCCAAUCAAACUGACCUGCUCAUCGCCACUUCACUUCAACCCGGAGUCGAGCCAGUGCGACUGGCCGGACGCGGUCAAAUGCCAGAUCAAGCAGGGAGGUGAGUAG